AUGGAAGGAGCACCUUGUUUUGGGAAGAUAACUGGCUGCCAGCAAGGUUGUAUGAUAGGGGAUUGUGGAUUUUGGGAUGGGCUCGAGUGGAUAUGGAAUUUCCAGUGGAGACGAGAGUUAUUCCAAUGGGAGCUGGAGCUUGUCAACCAGCUCCAUGAGAGGCUAAGGCUGGUGAAGUUGGCAGAUGGCCAAGAGGAUCAGUUAGUGUGGAAGUUUGAUUGUAAAGGGGUAUUCUCUACCAACUCUGUGGUGCAAGUCCUACAAUCGGAGAGUCUAUCAACUGAGAUCACGAGCUACAGUUUUACAAGUUCGGUUUGGAGAGGAGUGGUACCUUCAAGAAUUGAGCUUUUUGGAUGUUGGUUGCGGUCCUUUGGUGAAGUGUGGGCUAUACCUGGCACAAUAAGGACACUAUUUGAGAGUUGGACUGGCUGGCAUAAGCGAAAAAGAGAGCAGAAGAGGUGGCUGGCUGGGUUCUUUGCAGUGAUUUGGAACAUUUGGGUGGAACGUAAUGCUAGGAUCUUUAACAACGAGGAAGCAGGUGUUGACUUGUGUUGA